AUGGCCACACAGGACAGCGAGGUACAUGUGCCGCCACACAGUCUAGACCUCAGCAAGAAGUCGCGAGGCAACCAAACAUCGCGGCGCAUAAAGACAGUCAUUCGAUCGCUUCGAGUCUUGAGAGGCUUGACACCAGAGCAAGUUGAUAACUUCAUGAACUCGUACAAGAUAUACGACCUUGACUGGGCUGAUGAGAAGUCAAUGCUUGCUGCCCUGGGACAAAACUACCCGGAGAGGGUCGGCCAGUGCCUAGCAGAUUACUACAGUGUGCUGAAUCACUUGUGUGCGAUUGGACACGUGGAAAAGAUGUAUAUUCCCCCGGCCAUGGACCUGACUGCAAGCAUACUAGACAACCAAAUUCUGUAUGAAGAGAGCAUCGCCAAAGAGCUACUUCUUCCCGCGAACGCCAAGGUCUUGGAUCUAGGGUGUGGGAGAGGCCUAGUUGCAGCACACAUAUCAAGAGUCACCGGAGCUGAAGUUACUGGGCUCAAUAUUGAUGCCGAUCAAGUUGCAAGCGCCAGACUGUACAACAAACAGUUGCAUCUGUCCAACACGUUCAUCCGAGCCGACUUCAACGAUUUACCACUGCCCCUGCCGGACAACCAUUUUGAUGGCUUCUACGAAAUCCAGGCUUUCAGUCUGGCCAAGGACCACGAAAAACUUUGCCAAGAACUCUUUCGAGUCCUAAGGCCUGGUGCAAGAGUCUCAUUGUUGGACUGGGCAAAAUUGCCGGCGUUUGAUUCUACGAAUGCACGACAUCAGGGACUGAUGAAGCGAAUCAAGCCUCUGAUUGGAGCUGUGGGCACGCCCACUCCGGAAAGUCUGCAGCAUGCACUUCAGACAGCAGGCUUCCAUAUCCUCGCGUCCAACAAUGCCAGUGUCGAUGGCCUCCAAGCGCCACUCAUCGAGCAGGCCGAUGGCUACUUUUGUGCGGCUAAGCGGACAGUGUUAGGCCUUGUGCGACUGGGGCUUUUGCCUCAGCACUUCAAGACACUCUUCAAUCGACUCACUCAAGACUGCGAUGCCUUUAUUGAGGCUGAUCGCGCUCGACUCAUCACUACGACUCAUCACUGGCUGGCUGUUAAGCCUGCCGCAACCGACACAACAGCAUCUUCGGAGAGUGCACUUCCAGUCCCUACCCCGGCAAGCUCCGAUACAGCCGUGAACAGCCAAGCACAGUCGACCGUUGACGCUGGUGGGGUUCUUCAGGACGCGAUCGCGAAGUCUGACCUGUCAUGA